CCCGAGCGGCGGCGGAGGCGGGGAGCUGGAUGACAGCGGCAGGCGGAGAGCAGGCAGAGCACCGUUCGGUUGGGGGUUCGGAUCCUUUUCGGGCCGGGGGCUGCCUGCAGUGGGCGCCCACAUCUGCUGGAGGGAAACAGCCGUGUGGAUGCCUUCUGGAAGCGGAAAGGACUGGAAUGAGUGAGGAAUAAUAAUAGUAAUUAAAACUCACCAGCUAGAGGCCAACUAAUAAUAAAAAAAUAAGAAAAAAGGUGGGAGCGACAUAUCGCUGCAGGAGCCGCGGAGGAGCCCGGCGCCGGACACAGGGACCCCAGCGGAGGAGCGCUUUUAUCCGCAGGCAGCCAUGGCAGAUGCAGAGCUGGACUUCCAGACCGGAGAUGCCGGGGCGUCCGUCACCUACCCCAUGCAGUGCUCUGCACUGCGCAAAAACGGCUUCGUGGUGCUCAAAGGUCGACCCUGCAAGAUCGUAGAGAUGUCCACCUCCAAGACCGGCAAGCACGGCCACGCCAAGGUUCACCUGGUUGGGAUCGACAUCUUCUCCGGGAAGAAGUAUGAAGAUAUUUGUCCCUCCACCCACAACAUGGACGUCCCCAACAUCAAAAGAAUGGAUUACCAGCUGAUCGGGAUCCAGGACGGCUACCUCUCCCUGCUCCAGGACAGCGGGGAGGUGAGAGAGGACCUAAAGCUUCCCGAGGGAGACCUGGGAAAAGAGAUCGAAAGCAGGCACGAAGCUGGAGAGGAGAUUCUGAUCACCGUUCUAAAUGCAAUGGACGAGGAAGCUGCAGUCGGUAUAAAAGCCUUGUGUAAAUAAGCCACAGCAGACGCAAUCGAGAUGCACUGGACCUGGGGGGAAAAGGAGGGGCUGAUGCAUCGUCUGUGCUAGUCUCCCUCCCUUUUCUGUCUCUCUUUUUCCCGUACUCGGUUUCUGUCCCUCCUUCGGGUUCAACUAGACAGCUCGGAUAACUAUCUGGAAGCCAUUAGAAAAUGCAUUAUGUAAAUGUACAAAGUCUCGAGUCCAGGUGAGCGUCCCAGGAAGGUUUUCGAGUCGCUCUGCAAAUGUUGUGUAGCUACGCCACCUUCAGGGACGAGCUGUGAUCGCACCUUUGUUUCAUUUGCUGGUUGAUCAAGGGCUCCAUCUCCAGAUCUACAUCGUUCGGUUGAGGCGAAGAAUCACGAGAACACAAAAAGCUGUGUUUUUUAAUUUUCCUCUUUUCUGCCGGUGUUCAAAGGUGUCUACUGAGGAGACUGUUGAGCGGAAAGCUUCGCAGCUGUCUGAAGAAAUGACUCCAGUGUUAUUUAUUGUGCGCCCAGAGUCUGAUCUAGGACCUGUGGGAGAUCUCUGGCAGUCUGGUUUCGUCUCUCGUGUUUGUACACCCGGUCCGAGCUGUGCAGAAUCUCUGAUAAGGUCAACACAAACACUAAAGUGAUAUAAAAUAAAAUUAAAAUAAAGAUGAUGCAAAC